AUAAAGAAAAAGAAUUUAUUUGUAAUUCCAACAAAAAUGAUUUACAAAAAUAUUUGUAAAUUUAAUUAUUGAAUUUAUAUGCAUUGCAUAUUUAUUUAAUUUAGCAUUCAAGUAUUCUUCACGAAAUAUUUAUUUAGCAAACCCUGAAGUAUUUAUUACAGUCCCGAUAUAUUAUUUAUGUUCCUAAUAGCCACCCUAUAUCAUGAUUAUUUUUAGCAUACAUGUAAUUAUGCAGAUUAUUAAAUCAUCUCCUAUCUAAUCACUUUCUUUUGCAUUAGCCGUCCACUUUCAAUUUUUUCCACUUUCUUUCCUCCCACCAUACCCCCUUCUCCUACUAAUCCGACAGCCAAAUCUCUCUUUUGUUUUCCACUUUCUUUUGUUUUAUGCUGUCAAAUUCCACCUAACAAAUCAGCCAAGUUCUCCUUCACUCACUUAAUCCACCAAAUUAUUUUCAUCGGCCCCAAGCUCAUUUCACCAGAAAUCAAGUAUUGAGCAAACAAGCAGAAAUCAAAAUACCAACUGAAAUCCUCGCCAAGGCUUUGAGCAUCAGGAGGAUUAGCACUGCUAUUCCGAUUCAGAAAUAAAGUUAAACGACAGGCUUUGCCUAGACAGGUGGGCUUAUUUUUCAAAUGUAUGAUUUAGCUAUUGAGCUUAAAUAUUCGUGUAAUAUAAACUGUUUAUCCAAUAAAAUAUUUUUGUGCACUCUACCAUGUUUAAGGCUCGUACAGUUAAUCAAUUGAGGUUCUCUUAUGACCUAACACGUUGUUUGAGAAUUGUGUACACUUGUUAGCUGACUCGGUGGGUUGAUCUCCAUCGGGCACUAACCAGAGGCGUUAUAAGGGUGCUCGACGGGAUGUGUUCCGGAGCAUAGAAAUGAUAGGCCUGUCUGGAUUAAUUUCCGAGGUUUAUUAUACUUGACUGGGUUACGCCCUCAGUUCAAGUCAGCGGGAGACAGAGAUCCGUCGGUGGCUAGAGGUCCGGGAUCACAGCGAGUAACAGAAUGGAGUGUGCAAACGCGCGCAAAAUAAUUAAGUAUAUAUAUAUGAAAAUGUUUUAACAUGCAUAGAAGUUAUUUCUCUUUAAAACCUUCUAUGUCAUGUCAGUAAGAUUGGAUAAACUGUUCUUCAGAUUAUGAAAUGCUUUAAAAGUUGCAGCCCACUAAGUACAUUAGUACUUAGCCCAAAAUUUCUUUCAAAUGUUUUCAGGUUAAUGGCUGGUGAUGACGGGGCAGAGCUGAGGCUAGGGUUCAACUCCGUAUUUUGUCUUCCGCUAUUGCACUAGCUUUUAUUUGUCUUUUGUUUCUCCAACUUAAGACUUUUAUGUUAAAUUCUAAAUUAUGUUUUUAUCGAGCUUAAACUCUCAACUUCUAGCUCGAUGUUAUUUAACGUUGGUUAUCGGAAGCAUGAAACCGAACUUGUGAUCCUAAGGCUUUGAAUGUUGUUGAUUGAUUAGUAUCACUUGAUUUCUAUCUUUCUUCAUUCAAAGGGCAUUGCCCAACAUUUUUAUUCUAUUAUCUGAAUUUCACAAGGUUCUUCCCUUGUUCAUUUAUAUGAUUUUAGUCGUACCCCAGUUAUAGUUUAUUCCUUCAAGAAUUGGGGUGUGACAGAAUGGUAUCAGAGCAUGAGUUUUCUUUCAUGUUUCUGAUAACCAUAAGUUUUUAAAUGUCGAGUCUAGAAUAGUACCUCUAGACUUCUAAGAAAGUUGUUGAACCUCAGCUCGCCGUCACACUGCCGCAAGAAAAAGGUACGAUUUAAAAGUUUCAAAGUUAUUAAAUGUUUUAGAGUUUAAGAAGUGCGCGCUUCAGUAAAAGAUGCUAUGUGAAUUGCUUAACGCUUUCCAUAUGCUAUAAGUUAUGAAUUGCUAAUCGCUUUCAUAUUGUUAUUUUGAGUCUCCGACUCAUAUAACCAGCUAAGUAUCGUGUUUGGGACAAACCGAGCCCUUAACGAUAAGAUGAAGUAAAGUCGUGUUUAGGACUAUCGAGCUUUUCACGAAUACCAGAUGUAUGGUCGAGUUAGAUUCUUCGAAUCUUUCCGGCAAUAGAAAAGCUUCAUGUGACAUUAAAUGUCCACAUGUUUCAGUUUUCAAAGAGAAUGAACGAAUGAGAAAGUUAUGUUAUCGUUUUAGGUUCACUGCCUAUACGAUCAGAAUAAUAAGAACUCUUACAACUGUUUGAGUAUUCUUGGGAAUGUUAGUCGUGAUAGCCCCGCUUGAUCGAUUUAAGUAAGGACUGGUAAGAUAGAAACGUUUAACAUAGAUAUGUUAUAACGUAGAAGCAAUGAGAUAAGAUUAAGGAUUCACUUGAGUAUUCCACCCAGAUAGAUCAGUUUCCCCAUAGAGUUAGCCUUUCAUAGGGUUACACUAUAGAAGUAAUAUACCUUAAGUAUAUCUAUGUAUGUAUAUAUGUAUGCAUGCAUGCAGAAUAAGUCUCACUUUUGUGUUAUUUUCGUUCGUAAAUCAGAAUGGAAGACGCACCAAGAAGACGCGGUAGGGGACGAGGACGUGGUCGUGGUCGUGGACGCGGCAGGGGAUUCAUCCCUGAAGAGCCAAUCCAACAAGUAGCACCAAAUCGUACUGCUGAAGAGAAGUUUCGCAAGGAAAAACCUCCAACAUUUGACGGGCUGGGCGAUCCAACAGACGCCGAAAAGUGGGUUAGGGCCAUAGAGCGUAUCUUUAACUACAUCCGUUGCGAUGACGAAGACAAAGUAACUUGUGCAACCUACCAACUGGUGGACGAAGCCGACUUCUGGUGGGAAUCGGUGAGGCGCACAAUGACUGAGGAACAGUGGGAAAAUUUCACUUGGGAAGAUUUCAAGACUGAAUUAUACGAGAAAUACAUACCGGGAUGCUAUAGACAGAAGAAGCAGAAUGAGUUCUGGAAUCUGAAGCAGAGGGCUGGGACAGUUACUGAGUACGAUAGAGCCUUCAAUCAGCUAUCAAGAUAUGCUCCGACGCUGGUGGACACUGAUGAGAAGCGUGCAGAAAAAUUCAGGAAUGGACUGCGCCACGAGAUAUCAAUCUCCCUAGCAAGCCAGGGAGGUCUCACCUACGCACAAACUUUGAGCAGGGCUCUUACCAUUGAGUCAUUGCUACCAAAGGAAAAAGGGAAAGCUCCGGGACAGUCUGGAUUUGUACCACCUCAAGAUGGUGGUAAAGGAAAAAGAAAGUGGAACGAAGGAACUGGAGGAAACCCUGGAAAUGGAAAUGGGAAGAAACCAUGGGUUGCUAACCAAAAUCAGAAUCAGCGUCAGAACCAACAGCCGCAAACAAUGGGACGACCACUCUGCCCAAAGUGUCAGCGACCUCAUUCAGGGGAAUGCCUGAAAGGAAUGAAUAUAUGCUAUAGAUGUGGGGAAACUGGGCACUAUGCUUCAGUAUGUCCGAAGAAGAACGGAGGAGCACCUCAACAGCAAAACCCCAGAAAUCAACAGCGACAAAAUCAGGGUCCUGGAGGACAACGGGGACAGCCACAGAAUGCUAGGGCCUAUGCCCUUAACCAAAAUCAAGCAGCGGGAAACCAAGGAAACUUGGCAGGUAUGAUUAAUGUUUUCGACGUGCCGAUUGUAGCUUUGUUUGAUACUGGAGCGUCCCACUCUUUCAUUUCACAUGCUGCUUGUAAGAGAUUAGAACUGGCUCCACAAUUGGCUGAGAUAACUUUAGAAGUUAGCACCCCUGGUAAUGGAAGAUUGACUGCUAAGGACAUUAUCUCGAACUUAGAGCUGAACAUAGGUGCUGAAACAUUUAAGGCAGAUUUGUAUGUCAUCACUAUGAUAGAGUUUGACAUAAUCCUAGGGAUGGACUGGCUUACUCAAGUCGGUGCCACGAUACUGUGUAGCGAGAGAAAGAUCUCUUUCCAAUCCGCUGGAAAGGAGAAGGCAAGUUUUCAUGGCAUAAGAAUGGGAGGAAGAGUACCAGUGAUUUCGGCGAUGAAGGCCACAAAGAUAAUGAGAACGGGAGAAUGUCAGGCUUUUCUGGUCAGUUUGACAGGAGAACAUGAAGUAAAGAAAACGAUCGAAGAAGUUCCAGUGGUGCGAGAAUUCAAAGAUGUUUUUCCCGAAGAAUUGCCCGGUAUGCCACCGAACAGACAACUAGAAUUCACGAUUGAUCUAGAACCCGGGGCAGCACCAGUGUCAAAGGCACCAUACAGAAUGGCCCCGCCAGAGUUACAAGAAUUGAAAGUGCAACUACAAGAACUGUUGGAUAGAAUUAAACAAGCUCACGAUAAAGAAUAG